CCACUCUUCCUGCAGAGAUAACCUCAGCCAUGGGUGGGAACGCGUUUAGGACACUGCUCCCUGAUGCCAUAUUUCCCCGCAUGGAUCCCGGCCUGUACGCUGAACUGAAGGAGCUUCUGACCUCCCGUCUCCAGACCGUGUAUGCACUGGUCGCAGUCCCUCACGAAGCUCCAGACAAGAAGGAUUUCGGAGACCUUGAUUUCGUCGUCUGCCAGCCCUUUGACGGCCUGGUCCGGGAGGAAAAGCUGCGAACUGCCCUCGGCGCUCAGCACAUCAUCACCCACGGCAGCACGAGCAACUUGGCAAUUCCUAUGCAAGACAAGAAUAGCUAUUGCCAAGCGGACAUUCAAGUCUGUGAUGACAGCGAUGACUGGCAACGCACUGCCUUUUUCCUGUCGUACGGCGACCUGGGCAUGAUUCUGGGCCUUCUGGCCCGCCCUGCCGGCUUGUCGUUAGGCAGACAUGGCCUGAAGCUUGCGGACCCUUUGCCGACGUCGCCGCCGGUGUCCCUUCACCUCUCCUCGUCGAUGUCGCACAUAUUGGACUUCUUCACGCUACCCAUGGACCGCUGGCAGCAAGGCUUUUCGUCUGAAAUGAACAUAUUUGUUUGGCUAUCUUCGUCGCGUUUAUUCAACACUGCAACGUUGCUCCGUUGUGAAGCCGUCAACACGUCCAGAGUGAAGGCUAGGGAUGCUCGUCCCAUGUACCAGAGAUUCUUAGAAUUCGUACGACGCCGAGAAACGUCACGCGAGCUGCCUUCCUCCACCUCACUCGCCUCAGAGGCAAUCGAUUUCUUCGGACAGAGAAAUCUUUUCGAUGUCCUUCUGCACAUUGCUAUCGUCAAGAAGCAUAUUCGUGACGUCUUUACGGGCACCCUCAUACAGGACUGGACUGGUAUCAGAGGCAUGCCCGUUCGCUUUAUCAAGGACGAGACAAAAGAGAGGCUUGGCGGCGAAGACAAGCUGAGCAUCGUUGUGGGCAUUCCCCUAGACUCUCUGCAGUCAGAUGAUAUUCCUCCCGAGCAUUUGACGCUGAGAGCCUGGGAAUAUGCCAUGGCGAGAAUGUCGGCGGACGGAGUGAAAACAAUGGUGAUGGAGGUUAAGGAGGAGCUGGAUGCGGCAGGGAGACUACAGUACGAUUGGAAAGCGGCGAAACAAAAGAAAGUAGAGCGGUAAAUGCUUCAAGGGGAACGUUCCUCUGGUACUGGGAUGUAAUUUGUAGACUGCGCUGACAACAUAUACCUUGGGAUUUGGAGAAACUGAUAUAAGGUGAACAUAUUCUUGUCUUUAUGGGUGACCCGGCUCAGUGCUCUCGCUAGGCUGUGACUCUUAACAAAUGGCAACCGGUCCUUGACUAGACAAACUUGGACCGUAAGCUGGCAU